AUGCCGCACCGGCAAGGGCGAUGGGGGGCAAGGGCGCUGGAGGAGCUGGCGGGGGCGGUGGAGGUGGCGGUGGAGGCGGCGGAGGGGGUGGGGGUGGCGGUGGGAGUGGUGGUGGGGCUGGGGGCGUUGGUGGCGGCGGUGGAGGCGGAGGCGGCGGCAGCGGUGGCAGUGGGAGCGGAGGAGGCGGCGGUGGCGGAGGUGGCGGCAGCAGCGGUGGAGGCGGUCGGGGUGGCUCUACGCAGCGGGGCGGCUUCAGUGGUGCGGGGUGGGGGUGCUGGUCCCUGUGCCUACGUCCUGCGUACCGGUGACCGCACUGGUGAGACGUGCGGUGGCCCACACACCACCCAGCGCUGCUUCGGCCGCUUGACAGACGCUUGGCGUCUCCAGUUCCCUGACGCCAUUGAGAUCCCUCGCUGGGGCGAGCUAUUUAGGUCGGGGGUUGCUAUCUUUGAUCUUGAUUAUGAUGCUAUUCUUGCUGCCAUUUUUGCUGUGUCUACUAGUGAUGAGGGUGACUGUUACCUGUGUGUCCCGCCUGACCCGGGCAUUGAGGCUGCUGCUCUAGGUGCUGGUGAGGCUGCUCCUCUAGGUGCUAGUGCGUCUGCUGCCCCAGGUGCUGGUGAGUCUGCUCUCUCAGGUACCACAUCAGCGUCCUCCUCUUGUCCCCGAUUCUACUCUUCCUGCUCUUCCUGA